AGAGAGAGAGAGAGAGAGAGAGAGAGAGAGAGAGAGAGAGAGAGAGAGAGAGAGAGAGAGAAUCCAAAAGCCUAGAAGAAAAAGUAUUGAAAGGAAAACAUUCCAAAUGGAUGGGACGAAGCCAGUCAUGGAGUCUACCGCAGAGGAAAACCAAGAGGAGAGGGAAGAAAGCAAAGGUUGCUUUGAAUGCUGCAUCAAGUGUCUGGGCGGAGUGCCCUAUGCCUCACUGGUGGCCACCAUCCUCUGUUUCUCGGGCGUGGCUCUGUUCUGCGGGUGUGGUCACGUGGCGCUGACCGGCACACUGACCAUGCUGGAGAACCACUUCUCCCGGAUCACCACUGAUCACGCCACCCUCACCAUCGUGAUCCAGACCAUGCAGUACAUCAUCUAUGGCAUCGCCUCCUUCUUCUUUGUUUAUGGGAUCAUCCUGCUGGCUGAGGGCUUCUACACCACCAGCGCCGUCAAGAAGGAGCUGCAGAGCCAGUUCAAGACCACCGUGUGCGGCCGCUGCAUCACAGCCACGUUUGUGUUCCUUACCUAUAUCCUGGGCCUGGCCUUCCUGGGGAUCUUCGGCUUCUCAUCCAUCCCCGUCUUCCUCUUCUACAACAUGUGGACUACCUGUGCUGCCCUGAAGUCCCCCAUGGCCAACAUCACUGAUCCUGACUCCAUCUGUGUGGACGUCAGGCAGUACGGUAUUAUUCCAUGGAAUGCGACACCUGGCAAAGCCUGUGGAUCUACACUAGGAGACAUUUGUAGCACGAGUGAGUUCUACCUAUCUUUUCACCUGUACAUUGUUGCGUGUGCUGGAGCAGGCGCCACCCUCAUUGCAUUGAUCCACUAUCUGAUGAUCCUGUCGGCGAACUGGGCCUACCUGAGGAGCUCCUGCAACCAGAACGAGUACCAGGACAUUAAGACAAAGGACGACGAUGUGGAGGAGGGUGGCUCCAAGGAGGGUCUCAACUCCUCUUACUCAUAAGAACCGGCCAACCACCCCUCACACACUUCCUAACCUCCAACCCCAUUCUGAGUAAAACCAACACCUGGGUCUCCUUCACUAUGGGCGGUGUUCUGACAUGAGAUAUGUGCACUCAACUCAAAUUUUCACACUUUGGCUACGUUUACACAAGCCUUGGUCUUUUGACCAAUCUUAUCAUAUCUUUUUACAUCAAGUAUUUUUCAGAGCUGAUCUGAUUGGUCAAAAGACCAAUUAGUGAAGAAAAUGUCAGAAUUGGACUGCCUGUGUAAAUGCAGCCCAUGUCUUCCAUUGACAUCAAUGGACAAUUUAAGCGAAAGUCUGAGUUGCGAACACUUUUCUCAACUCUGAAUCAGGUCCUUUGUCCAAAAGGGAGCAAACGUUUUCAAACGGAACAGGUAUAUGAGAAGUUCCUAUUGGAUGAGCUCAGGUUGGGUGGUACCUCUUCCUGUUUGCGAACGUUUGCUCUCGAUUGGACCGUUACUGAGCGCAACCCUGCUGCCAUAGCCUAACUGCUCUGAGCCAAUCACAGCACAGCACUAACACAGCUCCUAAUAACCGCCUAACAACAAGGUCACUGUCUGCACAACUCCUGAGGAAGCGUGCCACAAAAUGUCCUCUGUUUUUUGGUGUUUUAUAUAUAUGAAUAUGAAUAUAUUGUGUGAAUGUGUAUGUAUGAAUGUUUUUUUUUUAUACUACUUCAAAGUAUGACAGGUUUGCUAUUAUUGUAUUUAUCUGGUCUUCUCUUAUCUCUGGUAUUUCUCUCCUUUGGUUAUCUUAUCGCAACCCUGUUUUACCUGAUUUCGUUUUUUGCUUUUUUUUUAUGGUAAUGCAUGAUAUGUUGCACUAUUUAAAAAUAUAAAAAACUAAAGUAGAAUUACAAAACCCCAUGUAUACAUUACAUACAAAGCAUCUCAGGGUGCCUCUCAUAGAAAAUAUUCCUACUAUUAUGUUAACUUUCCGAUUCCUUUAUUGACAGCCAGCAAUUUCUGUUGAGUAAUUCUUCAUUUUGGCCUGAGGAGAAAAACGUGUGCUGUACCCUAACCGGAUUGGACACAUUCAGUAAUGUGACUGUUGGCCCAAAGCGGCAGUUCUGUCAGCAGCUGUCUGCAGUGCUAACGCAUUUCUUUGACCUGCAGGUGAACCUCUAGCCUGGUCCCAGAUCUGUUUGUGCUGUCUUGCCAACUCCUAUGGUCAUUGUCGUGUUAUUAUGACCAUAGGAAUUGGCAAGACAGCACAAACUGAUCUGGGACCAGGCUAGUGAACCUCCACCUAGCUCUCUGUAUGGCAGGUUUCCUCUGGAAACAGCCUUGCUUCUAAACCCACAGGACAAACCAACACUCAAGGUCAGAUUGCCUUGUUCUGUUUGUAAGUGAUACAUUAUACAUACCUCAGGUACGAAACCAAAAUAAAGACUCCUCUAGCCUGGUCCCAGAUCUGUUUGUGCUAUAUAGCUCCUAUGUUCGGCAUGAUAAUGACCAUAGGAGGCAAGACAGCACAAAUAGAUCUGGGACCAGGCUAACACUUCACUGAUUAAGCACACACUUGUUACAAGGCAAGGUCACAGCUGAAGCGAACAUAACAAAAGUUCAAUGCUUGUUCAUUGUGUUCAUCGUACACAACCGUGAAGGGUGGAUGUCUUUCUCCUCCCGGUUUUUGGGAUCAUACAUUCACUUUCCUCAAGACAAGUCCACCCUUAAAGGGGUGAAGUUCACCUGUAAAUAUAUGGACCGCCCCCAAAGAAAGUUCUAUUGAAUGACACCUCCUGAAUGUGGAGAGCACGGUCAAAUGUUUUAACAUGCUAUUUUACCUUUGAUUACCAAUAUGUAAAUGUUUCCUUUGGAGUAUAUGUUUAGCAUCCAAUGACUAGUUCUGCAUUUGAUAUAAUAGUAAUGUAACAUCUUUGAAACUGUAAGCAAAUACAGAGUUACGAUGCUUGUAUUGUAUACAUUUAGAAAUGUGAAGAAGAAAAAAUACAAAAUGUUUUCAAUGUUUUUAUCAGUUUUUAGGCAGCUGAAUCUUUCCCUGUGCUAAAGUAAUGAAUAAUAACUUGUCUUUGACAUUAUUUGCGAUUAUUUUACAAUGGCAAGGCAAAUAAAAGUGACUCAUCUGUCAUAUUUUUAGGCCUGUUAUAUGAACAGAUAUUGUUUGGAUGUUUACAAUAUAAAGAGUUAACAAGUCAGGAAUUAUAUAUAUAUAUAUAUAUAUUUGUUUUCAGUUAUUUGAUUAUAAUGACCUAUUCGAUAAUAAUGAUCACUGAGUAGUUCAAACGCUUGGGACUAUAAGGUUCUAUCUGCAUUUUAGUCUAAAUUGAGUUAUUGACAUAGCCUUGUUCUGUUCAAUGUUCUCUACCUACAUACAGUAUACUCUAAAUACCCCAAUUCAUGUUAAGUUAAAAAGAAUACAAUAUAAAAAUAGCUGACACCAUUCAAACCAAUGAGGGCUCAAACUUUAGCCAGUUAUCUCAGAAUCAUCUUUUUGCAGAUAGAACCUUAUAGUCCCAAGCUCCUGAGUUAUCUUCCUCAAACCAGUGAAACAAUGAUUCUUUUAACUUUCAUAUGAAAAGGCAUGUCGGUAUUGUCCACGUGUGGAAACGUCUAAAUACUGAAAAAAGUACUAUAUUCCCAUGUGUGUUAUGUUUGAUAUAAUACAGUGUGCUUUGCUGCCAGGUUGAUGUAGGCAAGCGUAUGUUCCGUUUCAUAUAAGAAGAUGCGUUUCAGUCAGGGUGUGUUGUCGUUUCCUCGUUAUUGCAUGAAGGCGACAUGACUGUGUCUUUGCAGUUUUUCAGGUGAUGUGUAGUCAAUUGUACUGACAACUAUGGUAGGCAGUGUUUGCCCCCACUCAACUCUCUUUUUUAAAAAGAUAUCCAUUGUACCUUGAUGACAUUGUAGUCCCUGUAGUUGUUUUUCUUUUAAACGUUUUAAAUAGUUAUAUGACUCCUGUAUAGUGAUGAUUUUUGUAACCUUCUUUAGUAAAAACGAUAUUUUUUAUUAUCGUGAAA